AUGAUCUCCCCAGGAGUGAAUUCCAUCUUGCAAUUUUGGAGACAAGGUAUGUUCGUUAUACCCUUCAUGACUCGUUUAGGAAUAACCAAUUCAUGGGGGGGUUGGAGUAUCACAGGAGGGACUAUAACGAAUCCGGGUAUUUGGAGUUACGAAGGUGUGGCCGGAGCACAUAUUGUGUUUUCUGGAUUGUGCUUCUUAGCAGCUAUCUGGCAUUGGGUGUAUUGGGAUCUAGAAAUAUUUUGUGAUGAACGUACAGGAAAACCUUCUUUGGAUUUGCCGAAGAUUUUUGGAAUUCAUUUAUUUCUCUCAGGGUUGGGUUGCUUUGGUUUUGGUGCAUUUCAUGUAACCGGAUUGUAUGGUCCAGGAAUAUGGGUAUCCGAUCCUUAUGGAUUAACCGGAAGGGUACAAGUUGUAAAUCCUACGUGGGGUGUCGAAGGGUUUGAUCCUUUUGUUCCGGGCAGAAUAGCCUCGCAUCAUAUUGCAGUAGGUACAUUGGGCAUAUUAGCAGGCCUAUUCCCUGAAAUGGAAAUACAACCAAUCAAUAAGUUAAGAGAUUAUCUAUGGUUAAACUUAGUUCCAACAAUGCACUUUUCGGACCGAGAAAGCGGGAUUGCUUGGCGUUGCAUAUUAGAACUCAUUAAAGCACGAUUCGCAUCAUUAUGUUCGAUAAAAGGAAUGAGCUACUGA